CUCCCUCUCGGCGGCGGCCAUGGCGGAGGGCCCGGAGCCGAAGCGGCGGCGGGCAGAGGCCGGGGCCGGGGCCGAGGCCGAGGCGGAGGCCGGGGCCGAGGCGGGCGCGGAGCCGGGCCCCGGAGCCCCGUUCCCGCUGGGCUCCGUGCGGCUGCGGCGGCUGCUGCGCGACUCGGCGCGGGAGAAGGCGGCCUUCGUGCACGGCCAGGUGACCGGCCCCUCGGGAGAGGACACGGACGCUGUGCUGAUCCUGGAGAAGACUCCCUUCCAGGAGGAGAAGAUCGAGGAGCUGCUGAAGAAGCACACCAAGCUGGAGCUACAGAUGUCCAACGACAUCUACAGCACGUACCGCCUCUACCCGCCCCCCGAGCUGAGCGAGAUAAAAACCACAGUGGUGUACCCCGCCACAGAGAAACACCUGCAGAAAUAUCUCCGCCAAGAAGUGCACCUCAUCCGUGAAAGCUGGGAGGAUUACAAGAACAUAACGCUGCCCUUCAUCCAGUCCCAGAGCUUCAGCAUCCAGUGGGUGUAUAAUAUCCUGGAGAAGAAAGCUGAGGCUGAUCGAAUCAUCCAUGAAAACCAAGAUCCCUGCAACGGCUUUGUUCUAGUUCCAGAUUUUAAGUGGAAUCAAAACCAGCUGGACGACCUCUACUUGAUAGCCCUCAUUCAGCGCCGGGACGUUAAGUCUCUUCGGGACCUCACAGGGGAGCACCUGCCUCUGCUGAAGAACAUCCUGCAGGAAGGCAAGGAAGCCAUAGUAAAGCGCUUUGGUGUGCCUGGAUCCCAGCUGCGAAUCUACCUGCACUACCAGCCCUCCUACUACCACCUGCACGUGCAUUUCACUGCCCUGGGCUAUGACGCCCCGGGCAGCUCCGUGGAGAGAGCCCAUCUCCUGGCAGACGUGAUCGACAACCUGGCGCUGGACUCGGCCUACUACCAGAAACGGGCCCUGACCUUUGCCCUGCGGGCUGAUGAACCUCUGCUUAAGAAGUUCCAGGAGGCAGGAAGAGUGUGAACUGGCAGAGCCAAUGUGGAGUUGCUUUUGUAUCUUUUUAUCCUAAUAAAUGUGUUGUGUCUUUUUUUUUUAAAGGGUUUUGUUGCUUUCUUUUUAUACUUGGGUUUUGUACAAAUUGGGGCCGACAGCCCAUUGCUAUGGAAACUGUUCCUUCUGCUUAAGUCAAUUAAAACCUUGAUUGAGUAA